AUGAAUGGAACUGAAGUUGCAGUAAAGAGGCUCUCAAAAACAUCAGGACAAGGCGAAGUAGAGUUCAAGAACGAGGUUGUAGUUGUUGCAAAGCUUCAGCACAGAAAUCUUGUUAGACUUCUUGGAUUUUCGCUACACGGAGAAGAGAAAUUACUCGUCUAUGAGUUUGUUCCUAACCAAAGCCUCUAUUAUUUCCUCUUUGAUCCUAGUAAGAGAGUUCAGUUGAACUGGACAGUGAGACGCAACAUCAUUGUGGGAAUCACUCGAGGAGUUCUAUAUCUUCAUCAAGAUUCACGGCUAAAAAUUAUACACCGCGACCUCAAAGCAAGUAACAUUCUCUUAGAUGCUCACAUGAAUCCGAAAAUCGCUGAUUUCGGAAUGGCAAAGAUCUUUGGAGUGGACCAAACUGUAGCCAAUACAGCAAGAGUAGUUGGGACCUUUGGUUACAUGCCACCUGAAUAUGUGACGCAUGGCCAAUUCUCGACGAAAUCAGAUGUUUAUAGCUUUGGAGUCUUGAUUCUUGAGAUCAUUAGUGGCAGAAAGAACAGCAGCUUUUACCAAAUGGAUGGUUUGGUUAACAACUUAGUCACAUACGUCUGGAGACUUUGGGAAAACAAAUCAUUGAUUGAGCUUGUAGAUAAUGGUAUCAAAGAAGAUUGUAAACGCGAUGAAGUCAUUAGAUAUAUUCAUAUUGGGAUGUUAUGUGUUCAAGAAAAUCCUGUAGAUCGUCCAACAUUGUCGACUAUACACCAAAUGCUCACAAACAGCUCAGUAAAUCUGCUUGUGCCUAGGCCACCUGGAUUUUUUUUUGGGAACGGACCAAGAUCAAACCCUUUAGCCCAUGGAUUGGAGCCAGGUCAGUCGAGUAGUAAGUCUAUUCCUUGUUCCGUAGAUGAAGCAACAAUCACCGAUGUUACUCCUCGUUGA